UUGCCUGGAAGGAAGCUGUUUCGGUCUGGCACAGCUGAAAGGCGGCGGUGUAACCAGUUGCGCUCCGGGUUGCGUGCGGCCUCCAUUGCGCCAGGGGACGGAAUGCAGCGGGUGGUGGUGGUGGAGGUUCUGCUGAAAGCCGGGCUGACCGGCUUGGAGGCCCGGGCCUCAGGCCGCUCUGGGAGGGAGGCCUGCGGGUUCUGCAGGUUGACUAGAGCUGGUCAAAGAAAUAUCUUCACUUGUUCUGCUGUGCUCAAAGAUGAUGAUUCUAAGCCGUGUUCUACGCCUGGACAGCAGAAAGAUUCCGAAGAGAAAAUGUCUGCUACAGCGGGGAAGAAUGACUUAUUGAACCUAAUAGGUAGUAUGAAGGUAGAAGUCAGCUCAAAGAAAAAGUUCCAGGCAUUGAGAACACAGCAACUAAACAAUCAAGCAAAGGUUCAGCCAGAAGGUGUGGAGAGUACAUCCAGCAUGUUUCAGAAAGCGAAUAAAGACAUCAAAAGUGAAUGUAAGAAGACAUUAAAUCCGGCCCUUGUUACAGCAGCUUCAGCAGUUGCAUCUUCUAUGCCGUACAAUAAGAAACUGAUUGAGUCAGAACUGCUUAAACAGCUCAGGAAGCAUGAGAUGGAAACUGAAUCCCAGAAAAAUGGAGAUGCCAGUAACCUUGGUGAUAUCAUUGCGGACAUGAAGAUUGGGAAGCGCCCUGGUGCACGGGCUGCGAUAAGAUCUGUCAGUCAAAUCCGCUUUGAUGACGAUGGGCAAGGAUAUGUUCCUGAUCGAGGCGUCACAAGUGAAUUUAAUGCAAUGAGGAAUAGGAAAGGGCUAUUUACUGGGAAGAAGUUAAACAUUUUUCCUAUACAUGCUGGUGACUCUGAGGAUGUGCCAGAAGCUGUUUCUCUGCCAUCACUAUGGGAUACUGAACUAGCCAAUCAAAUAGCAGCUGCGACAGAACAAUUGCCUCGAAAUGGGUUUGAAGAGAUGAUCCGCUGGACAAAGGAAGGAAAACUCAGGCAGUUUCCUAUUGACAAUGAAGCUGGACUGGAAGCUGAGGAAGGUGUGGAAUUCCAUGAACACAUAUUUCUGGAGAAACAUUUGAAGGGAUUCCCAGAGCAAGGACCAGUACGCCAUUUCAUGGAGCUAGUUGUCAAUGGGUUAUCUAAGAAUCCGUACUUGACAGUACAACAAAAAACUGAACACAUAGAAUGGUUUCGCCAGUAUUUCCAUGAAAAAGAAGACAUUCUGAGGGAAAGUGAAGUAUACAUUAAUUGAAAUUAUUUCUUUAGGGUGAACGUUGUCAUGUGCAAAACAAAUGGUGCACAUUUUUUUUCUUUAAUAUAGUUGUACAGAUAUAAACUAUUGCAUAACUCUGAAUGUGCUGUGAGUUGAUUACCAUAACUCUGUCCCUUCUGGUUACUAUUACUUCCAUUAGAAAAUGUACGUAAAGCGAUAAUGUUCACAUUAUAGAUCUAGUGUUGAAAUUAAGUUGUUUUUUUUUUGGUUUUUUCUUUUGUUUUUAAAAAAAGCUUGAAUUUAUAUGGUAUACCAUAUAACCUUAAACAACAUAGAAUGUUUCACAGCCAGUGAGGUAUCAUUUUGAAAAAUAAACACAAAGAAAAUCAAAUUAUCAAUUGUAUCUGUUUUUUAAAUCACACCAGAUUGCCUUUAAAAUGACUUAUCUAAAAUUUUUUCUUUUUGAAAAUUGAAAGCUUUGAAGCAAAGUAUCUUUGUUUCUUAACCAGAAAAGGCACUUUUAUGUGCCACUCUUAACUGCGAAUGCUAAAUUUUAAAAUAAACGAAUUUUUUCCAUUGUGAACCAUUUUAUGCCGUAGGCCUCCAUUCAAGAUGAUAGGAUGGUCUGGACUGUGGAUUUCUCUGACCAAUUGCCAAAGGUCUGUAGUAGGGUAAUCUUUUCCCCCCUUGUUGGAUAAGGGCAGUGUGAAACCAUUACAUUAAACCCAUUAAUUUCAAAUCAUUUUUGCUAAAUUAUCUUUACAGAAUGUUGUGAUGAGCACCUAUUUAUUAGCACCUACUAUUUUGAACAAAUAAAACUUGUGUGCAGCAGGAGCAGUAAUUUGUACACCAUAAAUGAAUCUUGACAUAUAACUUUACCUGUCAUCGGGCAGUUAUAUUUUAAGUUAAUAUGAAGAAAAUGUAGUAUCAGUAAGCAUUCGAGGGAUUACUAUCUAAUGGAACUAUUGCAUAAAUCAUACAAUACAACUUUGUUUUGCCGUUAUGAUAAUAUACAUAACGUCAGGUUAACACAAUGGAGGAAUUGGAAUCGAAAGAUCUGAUCAGAUUCUUAAUUUUUGAUCACUUAAAAGCAGAUGUUUAAGUAUUGAGUACUCUACUGCCUUGUAGCGAAGACAUUCAGCUCAUAUUUUGUCAUCAGGGUAAAGUUACUUGUUAUGACACUGACAUAUAACUGAAAUUUUAUCACACAGGAAAAUGUUGGUACAAGCGCUAACCUGCCAUUCAAAAUAUACCAUUAUUAUUAUAUCAGUACUAAUUUUACAUGUGUGAAUUUUAGAAAUAAAAGUCCCAGAGAUCAAAUGA